AUGGGAACCAUUUCAAACCUAACAAACACUCUCCCACUCCACAUUCGAAAAUUCAAAUUCCCAUCUUCUUCUUCUUCUUCUUCAUCUUCAUCUUAUCGUUUUCCUCUCUCUACUCUCUCAUGUUCCAUUCCAGAACCAGAACCACAACCCAACACCGCAACUUCUAUUUCCAAAACCCCUAAUUCCAAUGCCAAUUCCUAUUUCCCAAAACGCGGCCAAAUCCUCGAAUUGCUCUGCGAAUCCCUCGCUUUCAAAGGCAAAGGUCUAUGCAAAGUCACCGAUACCGGUUUUGUUGUCAUGUGCGACCGUGCACUUCCCGGCGAACGCUUCAUCGGACGUAUUACUCGGAAAAAAGAUAAUUACGCUGAAGCAACUAAGCUUCACACUUUAACUCCUCCUUUUGAUACCGUAGAUGCACCUUGUGUCUAUGUUCCUCAUUGUGGUGGUUGCAAGACGCAGAAUCUGCUUUAUCAUGCUCAGGUUAAAGCUAAAGAGGAACAGGUUCGUGAAUUAAUCAUACAUGUUGGAAGGUUUUCUCAAAAGGAUUUAGAAUUGCAUGGGAUAAUGAAGCCUAUUGUUCCAUGUGAUAUUCAAUUUCAUUAUAGAAACAAGAUGGAAUUCUCAUUUGGUCCAUAUAAAUGGUUGCCUAAAGAGUCGAUGCACGAAAGAAAUGUUGAUGGUGGAAGUGAAAAUUAUGCACUUGGAUUGCAUGUUCCUGGUUUUUUUGAUAAAAUUAUAAAUGUGGACAAAUGCUUACUCCAAACUGAUCCUACUAAUAAAGUUCUUGCAGCUAUCCAAGAGUGUUGGAGGGAUCCACAACUUGGUUUCUCUCCCUACAAUGUUCAUUCACACGUAGGAUUUCUUAAGCAUUUGAUGCUGAGAAGUGGAAGGGAUGUAAUGACCGGUCUGCCUGAAGUAAUGGUCAACUUUGUGACAUCUUCCUACAAGCCCGAACUGCUGAAAGUCCUAGUCGAUAAAGUUUCGGCAUUUCCGGAAGUGGUAAGCAUCAUGAAUAAUGUGAAUACUUCUGUUGGAAACACAUCUGUUGGGGAGGAGGAAUACACUUUGCAUGGGAAAUCUAGCAUUACAGAGACUUUAAGAGGGCUUACCUUCCAAAUAUCAGCAAACUCUUUCUUCCAAACAAAUACUCAUCAGGCAGAAGUGUUGUAUAAACUGAUAGAAGAAUGUGCUGGCAUCAAAGGAGAUGGCUCAGAAAUUGUCCUUGACCUGUUUUGUGGAACAGGCACCAUAGGUCUUACACUUGCCAGAAGUGUAAAGCAUGUUUAUGGCUAUGAAGUAGUUCCUCAAGCCAUUGCAGAUGCCCGACUUAAUGCCAAGUUAAAUGACAUACAAAAUGCAACAUUUGUUCAGGGGGAUCUCAAUAAAAUUGAUGAGAACUUCGGGAAGAAUUUUCCUAAACCAGACAUUGUUAUUUCAGAUCCCAACCGCCCAGGGAUGCACAUGAAGUUGAUUAAAUUCCUGCUAAAUCUUAAGGCGCCUCGCAUAGUUUAUGUAUCAUGCAAUCCUGCCACAUGUGCACGGGACCUUGAUUAUCUAUGUCAUGGUGUGGCAGAGCUGAAUAUAAAAGGGUGUUACAAGCUAAUAAGCCUACAGCCAGUUGACAUGUUCCCACACACACCUCAUAUUGAGUGUGUUUGCCUUUUGGAGCUUUGUUGA